AUGAUUGAGACCCAACUUGCUCAACUAGCUAGCACUAUCAAAGAGCAACAAGUGCAUAUAAGUCUCCCGCCCCAAGGUCAACCUCCUAAGAAAUUGUAUGCCAUUGUGACAAGGAGUGGGAAGACCUUAGAUGAUAGUGCAACGCAUGUUGAAGCUCCUAGCUCUAGGGGUGAGAGUUCUAUGGGAAAUGAGUCCUCGGACCGUGAUGAUGCGGAAGAGAAGUCUCGUGUCGACGACAUGAGUGAUGGUGAUAAGUCGAAGGAGACUCCUCUUCCUCCUCUCCCAACUCCUUUUCCCCCCUAUCCCCAUAGACACAAAUGGGAUGUGCAAUUCGCAAAAUUUCUUGUGAUUCUUCGACAAUUGUAUGUCACUAUCCCCUUUACGGAUUCUUUGAAACAAAUGCCUUCUUAUACGAGAUUUCUCAAGGAAAUCUUGAGUGGGAAGCGAGAUCUUGACGUAAAGGAGACGGUGAACCUCACCGAGAAUUCAAUAUAUGCCUUCUGUGAUUUGGGUGCUAGCAUUAGUAUACUACCUUAUUCGGUGUUUGCCAAGCUUGACGUUGGAGAUCUUGUCCCAACCAACAUCACCUUGCAACUUGCCGACCGUUCGGUCAAGUAUCCCAUUGGCAAGGUUGAGGAUGUUCCCCUAGUGGUUGGAGAGCUUACUUUCCUUGUGGAUUUCGUCGUCUUGGACAUUGAUGAGGAUGCCCAUACCCCCAUUAUCUUGGGGAGGCCAUUUUUGGCCACCGCAGGUGCUCUUAUCGAUGUGCAAGAAGGACUAAUCACUUUGAAAGCGGGAGACGCCAAGGCUAGUUUCAAGCGGUGUGCUAAUGAGCUUGCUAGGUCCUCUCUUGAUGACAAGAAUGUCCAUGGAGUCCCAAAGGCGCUUGGGGAUGAGCUUGAAGAUGUUGUAACAAUCCCCGAGAUAUUUGAAAUGCAUGUUGAUGAUGAUAAUGGAGCUAAACCCUCCAAAGUGUUUCAUGGAUCGGCUAAGAAAGUCAAGAAGUCCGCUAAGAGUCCACCGAGUCCCGAGGAGGGGCAUGUUGGUGGGUUAUUUGGUUUCCGCCUCUUGAAUGGUGAUGUCGGUAAGAUAUUUGUGCCCAAAGGGACAAAGAAAUGCAUGUUGACUAGUGUUGACCCAAGGUUGGUUGUCUUUGACCCCCCUUGA